UGCGUCCAAACUGUGCGGUUCGCUUCCUGUGUAUUGCCAGCUGAGCCAUUUGGACAGAGGUGAACGAUACAGGACACAACAGAGGAUGCUUUCAAAGUUUUGCACACAUCUGUGAUUGUAAUUUUCCAAAUGGAAGAGAUAAAAGAAGGUUUAGCCUUUAAAGGCGUUGCCGAGAGAUUGACGCUUGGUAUCACUCGUGUACUCGAGAACAUGCCUGGUGUCGUCGAUGUGCGUUUUGUAGAGAGGGAGCCUGCAGAGAAGAGGAGCCUGCUGUCAUGGGAACAGAAAAACACUUGUAUUUUACCAGAGGACCUGCGAGAUUUCUAUUUGACUACGGAUGGAUUUACACUAACCUGGAGCGUUAAACUAGACGAUGAGUGUGUUCCCUUAGGAUGCAUGAUGAUUAACAGCGUGGCCAGGCUGUGCCCACUGCUCCAACCAGUUUCAUUAUUCUCUCUACCCAAUGCACCCUCACUAGCUGACCUGGACUGGGAGGAAAACGAAGCAGAAAGUGGCACAGGGCAUGGUCCCGCUGCACCCCAUUUCGAUUCCCGAAGCCGUAUGUUUGAGCUGGAUUCCUGCGGUGGGAAUGGCAAAGUUUGCCUAGUCUACAAAAACUGCACCCAAGGUGUCGUAGCUCAGCAAAGUGAAGUUUGGUUCCUUGACCGCUCGCUGUGCUGGCAUUUUCUGACCGCCACCUUUACCUCCUACUACCGACUGAUGAUCACACACCUAGGUCUACCUGAGUGGCAGUAUGCCUUCACUCCAUAUGGCCCCAGCCCCCAGGCCAAGCAGUGGGCAUCGCUGUACCAGCCGCUCACCUUUAGCAGUGAGCUGAACUUGGCUGAUCCUGCUGGAGAUUCCCAUCUCAACAAGCUGGAUCCUACAAAGGCCUUCAGAGGCAAAGCCAAGGUAACCGUCCCUAAGAAGAAGCAGGUGACACAGUGCAGCCUGGGGAGCAAUACCAAGAGCCAAAGUGGCACAGGAAAACACGUAGUGGCAAAGCGGUGAGCACGUUCCCAUCUAAGGAAAACAUUUCAUCCACCUCUGUGGUCUCUACAACAGAUAUGGCUUAGUCAUUGGCUGGACUCAGUGUGCUAACAGCUCUACCCUACUUGAGAGCAUCUUGUCAGUGACUUGGAAUGCUGCACAUCUGAAUAGAUGCAUAACCAGGGUUUUCCUCAGCUCAACACAUGGCUAAUGCCUCGUUUAACACAGUGUUCCCUAAUGACACCUAAUGUUAAAAAUAAUUCAAAACAGCUAAUUCAUAAAAGAUGAUCUUGUGCUGCUGACAUAACAGAAAUAAAAUUGCCAUGUAGUAAUAAAAUAAACACUUCUAUAACCAACAAGGACUCACAUAUACUCAAUAAUGAUACUACUGAUAAAGAUACAGUUUAUAUUUGUAAUUACUGUCACUAGGUUUGGUUUGGUCUGACGAUUCCAUAUCACUGAACUGAUGAGAGGUUAUUUCCAGCAUGUUGGAGAUAACAUUUCUUAGUGUUAUCCCUUUGAGAGUUCUUAAUGCCAAGAGCAUACUGCUGAGCAGACCAAACCGACAUUUUGGGUCAAGCUUUUGGCUGAAGUACUUUCAAGCUUACCAUAGUUAAUCAAGACUUUUUUCAAAUUUCCAGCUUUAGGUUCCUGUGCACUGCAUAGCUGAAAAGACGCUUGUCUGUAUUAUCUUUGGAUGUGUUGCCACCUUUCUAAAGCUGUUCCUGUUUUAUUUAAAAGAAAAUACAUGUUUAUUUAAGUGCAAUGUAUGGGGGCAGUUUACUUGUAUUUGCAUAAUACUGUACACUGUAGUUUCCAAGCUCAUGUAAAUAGAUUCCUGCUGACUAUUCUAAUGAAUGAUAUUUAUGGUGUCUUCCAAGGUUGUAUCGGCUACUAUUAACUCAAUAAUAUAAACAUAACUUGUUGUCCA